GGUAUCAGUAAAAUUAUAAAAACAAGUGGUAACGCAACAAACUUUCCAUUCGAUGGUGAUCGAAUCUAUAUUCAUUUAAUUGGCAAAAUCAUUGAAGGAACAAUAUUUGAAAACACUAGAGAGAAAUCAAGCUUUUCAAUUAUUUUAGGUAGUCCAGAAGAACCAAUCAAAUGA